AUGCGCAAAGGCAGCAAGAGGAGGCUUGAUGAAAUGUGCAUGGAGCUGCGGCCGGAACACGCGAGAAACGUGUUACAGUCGUGGAUUCGACAGGGAAAGGUGUUGGUCGACGGAGCAGUGGUCGACAAGCCCGGGGCCCAAGUGAGGCCCACAAGCGCGAUUGAGAUCCGUGCCGAGACGCCGAAGUUCGUGUGUCGGGGCGGGCUGAAGCUGGAGCAUGCCCUGGACCACUGGAGUAUCGAUGUACAGGGCAAGGUGGCACUCGAUUCCGGCCUGAGCACGGGAGGUUUCACAGAUUGUCUGUUGCAGCGCGGUGCGAGGCGAGUCUACGGAGUGGAUGUCGGGCGGGGCCAGGUGGCCGAGAAAAUUCGCCAGGAUGCUCGGGUCGUGGUGAUGGAGCGCACAAACCUGCGGUAUCUGACUCAGGGGGAUCUGCCGGAGGAGGUCGACAUCGUGUCGCUCGACCUCUCCUUCAUCUCCGUCCUGAAGGUCAUGCCAGCAGUCGUCGACCUCAUGAGCGACAACGCAGAACUCAUCGUUCUAAUCAAACCACAGUUCGAAGCUGGCAAAGAUCAGGUCGGCGACGGGGGCGUCGUUCGUGACCCCGCGGUCCACCAGCAGGUCCUGAGCCAAGUCAUCACUGGCAUCGAGACGCAUGGGUUCGACUGCCGUGGGUGGACGGAUUCACCGAUCCGGGGUGCGUCGAAGGGCAACAAGGAAUUCCUCGCUUACCUGGUCAGGCGGCAAUAG